AUGUCUCGUCCUGGCACUACGCUUUAUGUCACCGGCUUCGGGCACGGGACCCGAGCUCGCGACCUUGCCUACGAAUUCGAACGAUACGGACGUCUUGUCCGGUGUGAUAUUCCAGCACCGCGUACCCCAUCCAGCAGACUUUUUGCCUUCGUGGAAUAUGAGAGUCGCCGUGAUGCAGAUGAUGCAUACCAUGAAAUGCAUAACAAGCGAAUUGGCCGCGACGAUCUGUUGAAAAUCGAGUGGGCACGGACUCCUCCAUCUGCUUCUUGGCGUUUUGACUCUGGCCGUGAUCGUCGACGUGACCGUACUCCGCCACGCCGUGGCCGUUCGCCUUCUCCUAGACGUGGUCGUGGCGACUAUUCUCCCCGUAGGGACGACAGGUAUGACCGGGAUUAUGACCGACAUGAGCGGGAUUAUGACCGUCGCGACCGGGAUUAUGACCGCCGUGAUCGUGAUUAUGACCGCCGCGACCGUGACCGUGAACGUUCUCGUGACCGCUCGAGAAGCCCUGAUGAGAGAGACCGCGAUAUCAAGGAUGACAGGGAGCGCCGGGAUGAUGAUCGUGAACGACGUGAAGACGAGCGUGAAAAUGGACCCAACGGUGAAGAUAGGAAAGUUCCCUUAGAACCCUUGACCUCCGCUCAUGAUGAGCUUGAUACAGCCGAGUAG